GGACGAGAAGCUGAGCUAUUUGCCACCAUAUGCGGGCUUACGCAGCUUGUGGAGAAACCUACCAGAAUCCCCGAUCGAGACGGCGAGUUCGCGAGUCUUCUAGAUCUGGUCUUGGCUUCAGACCCUGACUCGUACACUGUAUCAGUACAUGCACUCCUAGGAACAUCGGACCACAAAUUGAUUACAGUCUCUUGCCAGUUGAAGGUUAAAACGCAGGAUCCUCCGAUGCCGCGGAAGGUAUGGCACUAUAAAUCAGCAGAGUGGAACCAUCUUCGGGAAUUUUAUCGCUCAUUUCCUUGGAAAGAAGUCUGCUUUAGAACCAAUAACAUCUCAGAAUGUGCAAACCAAAUUACAGAGACGAUCUUGGCAGGAAUGGAAGCUUAUAUCCCUUUUUCUACUAAAUGCGGAUCAAACAACAAGCAAUGGUUCAACUUGAAUUGCAAAAAUGCAGUAAACACUAAAAACGCAGCAUAUCGCAAAUUGCGUCAACAUCCUUCCAUCGAAAAUCGGAGGAACUUUUUAGCCUUCAGAAAUAGCUGCAAGCGAAUUAUUGAUGAAUGCAAAGAGAGUCACAACAACAGGAUCAAAAACAAACUGCUAAACUGUCUAAAUGGAACAAGAUCUUUCUGGUCGGUAUCGAAAGCCGUUAGUCAAGGAUUUGCUAAGUCGGCCUUGCCACCCCUAACAGCAGAUGAUGGUUCUAUCGCGGUAACAGCAAGAGAAAAAGCCAACUUACUGGGUAAACUCUUCGCGUCCAAUUCUACUCUGCACUCGCAAGGCAAAACACCGCCAUAUUUGCCAAGGGUAAAUUCAUCGAUGGGAGAAAUUUCGUUUCCCCAACGAAUUAUAAAUAAAAUUCUUAAAAGCGUAGAUACUAACAAAGCUUCUGGACCCGAUAGAACCUUAAUCCAAUCUACAGCUUUGCGGACGAUAGCACACUUAUUUCCACAUUUAAGUCCGCCAAAGCAACGACAGCCGCAAGUUCUCAGAAUCUUAGGCAGCAACAAGUAGCUUCAAUCAACAACGAUAUUAGAGCAAUCUUGGAGUGGGGCGGUAACAAUCUGGUCAAUUUUAACGCUAAAAAAACGCAGGCUGUAGUAUUUACGAUAAAGACUAACCUUGGUGGCCCGGAGCUGGUUAUGGCAGGGAAAACAUUGCCAAUGAAAUCAUCUUUACAUCUUCUAGGAGUCGAGGUCACCAGUGUAUCCUGGCAUGACCACGUUGCCGAGGUUGCCAGGGCGGCUUCCAAAAAACUCGGAGUGCUUUUCAAAACGAAAAAACUGUAUACAACAGCUGCUGACUCUUUAUAAGGCUCAAAUACGCAUUUCCCUCGAGUAUUGCUCGCAUGUCUGGAGCUCUGCCCCCAAGCAUAGUUUAAACCUGCUGGAUUCUAUACAGAAGAGAGCUAUUCGUCUUAUCGACAAACCAGAACUGACAAAGAGUCUGGAUAGUCUGGAGCACAGAAGAAAGGUGGCUGAUCUCUGUUUAUUCUACCGUUAUUAUCACGGUAAGUGCUCCUCUGAGCUGGCAGGCCUGAUUCCACCCAGGGCUGUUUCGGCAAGAAGGACGCGUCUAGCAGCUGCGGCUCAUCAACAUUGAGUCCACCUGCCUACCCCAAGGACGUCGCUGUAUCGGGACUCAUUCAUCUAGAGAACAUCUUCUUUGUGGAACGGACUUCCACCUCACAUAUUUCCCGACGCAUACAACCUACAGCGAUUCAAGAUAAAUGCCCACAAAUAUCUUCGCGCAAGCACCACUCCCAGAGUGACAUAGGACUUUCCUCUUAUGCUUGUGUUUACUAUAAAAAAAAAUAAAUAUAUAUUUUGUUAAACUACUAAGGCAUAAUUUUUCGUCCCUUGAACUAUCAUUUGAAAUCGAAAGGUACAUGGAAAUCCAAAACUCACUUUUGAGUGGCCCACGUGGAAAAAUUUGAGUCAAGUGUCCAAGCAGUUUUCCAAAUUAUUUUUCAACAAUUGAAGGUAUCGUUCUUCAGUUAAUGAAUUGUGGUAAAUGAAUGGACCUAGUAUUUGGUUGCUGAAAAUUUCACACCACAUAUUAAAGCCAAAGCGCUCUUGAUGUUUUGAUAUUUUUUUAAUGCGAGGAUUUUGUUGCGCCCAGUAAUGACUAUUCCGGCGAUUAAAGACACCAUUAUUAGCCACUAAAUUUUUGUCAGACCAUAUUAUUUUUGUAGGGAAAUUUAUAUAAUCUCCGCAUGCGCGUGUGUACCACUUACAGCAAAUGCCGUCGUCGUUCCAGAUCCCCUGAUUUUAUUGCUUGGCAAAUUCUAAAUUUAUACGGAUGAUAUUUAUUUUUAUGUAGGUAAAAUAAAUUGAGCAGUAGAUUUGGCUACUCCUACAUUUUUCUCAAUUUGCCUACUUGAGCUAGUAGGGUUCUCAAAAACUCCUUGUAACACAUUAUUUUGAGUGUCUUCAAAAGAUGCAUUUAGAAAGCCUUUUUUCCUAGAUAAAACUGGCUUUUUAAAUGCACCAUAUUCUUUUAAAUUUCGCGCUAACUCUAAGAAAAUUGACUUACAUGGCUGGUUUCUAUCUGGAAAUUUAUUUAAAUACAUUGCUGCUGUAUUUACAGUAUUCUUCUGGCACAAAAUUUAGCAGGUCAGCAUGUCAAACUUUUCUUUAUUACUAUAAUGGCCACCCGGCAUAUUCAACGAUAUUAAUAUAACAAAAAAAGACUCAACAAUAAACAAUAAAAACUGUAACAACAACAAAAACUCUAAAAACAACUUAAUAAUUCUAAAUCAACUCAAUCAAUAAAUUUGGAAUAAAAAAUGGAAACCUAUGCAGAGUAUACUUUUUUUCCGAGCUAUAUAACAAAAAUAAAAUUGAUGAUGGUUGAGAUAUUAAAAUAAAAUAAAGACUCAAAAAUAAUUCCAUUUUUUCCGAUUUUAUUAUCACUUUAUUCACAAGAUUUAGAAUUAAAUUUUACUAGUUAAGAAUAAUCC